AUGUGCAACUGCCUAAAAACAAUCACAUCAGAUAAAAAGUCUGAAAAUAAGGUAAAUAUUAAUUCAUCCAUUGUGUUGGGAUCCAUAUCUACUGGUAUUGGAUAUUCUCAGACAUCUGAACUGGCUGCAACUCUAGAUCUACCAUUCAUGACGUUAAAGACUUAUAACAGCUAUCACGAACAAGUUGCAGAGUUUAUUAGGGCAUCAGCAUGGCAAACGAUGGAACUGGCAGCCGCAGAAGAAAUAAAAAUGGCUAAAGAUGCUGGGAACGUUGACGAAAACGGCAUUCCAUGCAUAACCGUUGUUACAGAUGGAGCCUGGAGUAAAAGGUCGUAUAACGUUAAUUACAAUGCCAUGUCCGGAGUCGCUUGUAUUAUUGGAUACAAUACGGGUAAACUAUUAUUUCUUGGAGUCAGAAAUAAAUAUUGCUCCAUUUGUUCAUGGCAUGAGAGCAAAGAACAAGAAACUCCAACACAUAGAUGCUUUAAAAAUUGGACGGGCAGUUCAAGAGCUAUGGAAACAGAUAUCAUAGCAGAGGGUUUCAGAAAUAGCCUUAAUCAAUAUGGUAUAAAAUAUUCUAAAAUGGUUGGUGAUGGUGAUUCCUCUGUAUAUAGGAAACUGUUAGAAAUAAGACCAUAUGGAAAUUGCUUGGUGCAGAAAAUUGAAUGCAAAAAUCAUAUUUUAAGAAAUUUUGCCAAAAAAAUACGAGAAAUCAGCAGCAAGAAGAGAAGUAAUUCUCAAAAUAAACCUGUGCCAAUAACUCUAAGAAAAUGUGUUCUGUCUAGGUUUAUGCGCCUCAGAAGUGCGAUCACGAAAGCAACAACCUACCGAAUCGGAGAAAACACAAGUUUAGAAGAAAAAGUUCAGUUGCUCCGAAAUGAUAUAAAUAAUGCGCCCAGUCAUGUUUUUGGAGAGCACAACCUUUGUAAAACUAUAAAAUAUUUUAAAUGCGAGGGUCAAGAUACAAAUAUAAUACCCGUUAUGAAAGAAUGUGGUAUCUAUGAAGACGUAAUGAGUGCCCUUCAAAGAGUUAUUGACAAUGCAAGUAGUCUUAUUAUGAACAUGGACAAUAACUUGGCAGAGCACUAUAACAGCGUUGUGUGUAAAUUCAUUGGGGGUAAAAGAAUAAAUUUUUCAUUAAGAGGGUCAUAUCAGACGAGGUGCGAAGCGGCAGCACUAUCGUUCAAUUCGGGUGGUGAAUACCAUCGAAUGAUAAAUAAAACAAUGUUUGGCAAUAGUCCAAAAGGCUUUUAUAAAAAAUUUUAUUUAAAAAAGAAAAAAGAGCACGCCAAAAUUAAAGCUAGAAGAACUUUGUUUCCAAAAAAAAAAAGAAAUCGGCUAAACAAAACCUGCCAGAUCAGGAUUACGGCCCCAAUGCCAACUAUCUGCCCUUAAAUCCAAAUAGCGACGAG